AUGAAGUAUAAACAGACCAGAGUUUGUGGCACUUGCAGAGCCCACAAAAUAGGUUGCGACGGAAAGCGCCCGUCAUGUUCCCAGUGUUCGUUUACGGGACGGAACUGUGCCGGCUACCAGCUUGCAACGGUAUUCAUUUCUUACUCGGCAGCUGCAUCGCCGAGAACCCCCAGAACGGUCUCGUCUGCCAAGGCAUCCUCUGCAAAACAAAAGCAUAUCACUCAGAGAAUUGGCCAGUAUUCUAUACCCGCUUCUCUAAACGGCAUCACCGCCCAGGAGUUCGCGACUGUGAUUCUCAACUGCUACAUUCCCACCAACAAACAUAACCUUUCCAUUGCCGAUACGAGCACUACGCAAGUAUGUGGAGCCUGGGUAAACAUACUUCCCCGGCUGGUCGACAAGCCAUUCCUCGGCAGUCUCAUCUCGUCGGCUGUGAAGACAUUCGCGGCCGCCAUCCUCGAACGAACCCCGGAGGGAAGACAUCUCACCUCCCAAAACUUCGAAGACUACAACUCGACCCUCUAUCACCUGAAAGACGCUUUGUCAUCUCCAAAACGCUUUUUCAUCGAGACCGCAGCUGCAAUCAGCUGCCUAGCCAUGUCCGAACUGCUGCUACCAACAUCCCAAACAGCUUUCGACACGCACCUCCACGGCCUCGGCGCCCUGAUCCAAUCCCACCCACCCUCAGCAUUCGCCUCCGACACCGCCUUCCACGCCGUCUUCGUCGGCACCAGGCCUCUCUUCAUCUUCCAAGCCCUCACCGCCCGCACCCCGACCUUCCUCUCCCAGCGCCCCUGGACCACGACCCCGUUCCGCCACCACCCCGCAUCGGACAUGCAGCGCCUCCUCAGCGACGUCGCCAUCCUCCCGUCGAUCCUACACGAGGUAGACGGCCUCCUCCUCCUCCUCGUACGCACACCAGACUCGCAGGACGGCGCAACGGAAGCGUCAACAGCGUCACUCGCCACCGCAGCCGCAGCCGCAGCCGCCAACCUCCGCUCCCGCCUCCACCGCGUCCUCGCCCGCCUCGAGACAUGGAACCGCCAUCGCUUCCAAAGCGAAAAUGCGGCGACGACGGUGUUACCUGACCUUUCCCCCCAUAUUCCUGGCGACGCUGGUGCCACUCAUGAUCGGGAGAACUCAUACGGACGAUCGGGUCCGUGUUGCGCGACGAGUGCUGCCGGCUCGUGUUGUUGUUGUUGUUGUUGUGCUCCGCGGUUCCCCAGCCUGCUGGCCGCGAACGUCAGCGUGCAUGCGUGGGCGUUUGGGAUUGUUUGUCUGGAGGAGGUGGAGAGGGUGGAUCGGGUGGUGGGGGCGGCGGUGGGGGCGGCGGUGGGGGCGGCGGCGGAGAGGGGGUGGGGUGGUGGAGGUCUUGUCGAUGAUGGUGGUGGUGAUGAUGAUGACGCUGGAGGGUACUGGCGGUCGCAUGAGGAGGGAGGGGGAGGAGGAUUGGGAGGGGAUCUGCGGUCGAGAGCAGUCGACUUGGCUGUCAAGGUAUCCCGAAGCAUUGAGUACCUGGUGCAAGAUGAGAUGAAACUGUUCGGGCCGGCGUCGGCCAUCUUCCCGCUGCAGGCCGCGUAUAGGACGCUGUGCAGAGAUCCGGGGGGCAAUGCGCGGGAGAUUGAACGGUGUCGGGACUUCUUCGAGCGGAUUCGGAGGAAGGGGUAUCGGGCCAAGAAGUACUUCCCGCCGGAUUCGGCGGAGCUGAGAGGUCAAUGA